GAAACACAAAAUUACCUGCUUUAUAAGGGUUAGCCAAUCGCGGCCAGCUGAGAUAAGCAGGCAGAAAAGGUUUGGUUGCAUUCCCUCCUCAUGCCAUCUUUAUUAGCCUCAAUUACUAGCAAGAUUCUAGGCAAGCAGACACGCCUCGCAGCCUGCAGGCCAUAUGACAGGCCAGAUCACGUGAAUUUACAGGCUGUCGCUCAAGCUGCCCUAUCGAGCGUAUCCAUUAAACUGGAUCUCCGAGCCUGCGACCCUCUUCCCUCUCUUUCACACCACGACGCAAGCCAACAAGCAUUCCAGCCCUCAUGACUUUUCUACUGACUGCAUCGACUUCAACCCUGCACGACAACAUCUACGGAUGUCAGACACUUGUAUCGUCUGUCUAGGAGACUUGAGCAACGGUAAUGGUGAUGGUGCAGCACUUCCCACGACCCUUGCCAAGUCUCCACUACUGAACGCUGCUGCCGCUGGCCCCAAGGCGGCCGGAACCGAGAAUAUCAACAACGCCACCCAUGUCGACGUAGACGCUGAUCACGAGCUCAUUGCUCAUCUUCGGCCUUGCGGUCACUAUCUUCACAAUGAAUGCCUUACGCCAUGGGUCGAAAGGGCCAACAGUUGUCCAAUUUGCCGCGCCAGCUUCCACUUGGUCGAUCUCAUGUAUACUAUAAAUGGCGACGUUAUAUCCUCAUAUUCUGUCGAAGAACGCACCCAAGUUGCCGAGUUAGAUCCUUCCAUGUUCUUCGAAAUUCCUGAGGAGGAAGAUGAGGAGCAGCCCUGUCAAGCAUGUGGUGAAGACGAUAACGAGGACGUGCUUAUGUACUGUGAUGGAUGUCAAAAGCUCUGGCAUACAUAUUGCGUCGAUCUACAAGAGGUGCCUUAUGGACAUUGGUUUUGCGACAAUUGUCGGGCACAACGAGACGUCGACCCACGCCAACAGCAUCGUUCUCGAUCAGGUCGCAUCACACGCAGACGGACUCGGGGCCAACAGCGCAGACAGCGUGGUCACGAGUCCAGCUGGAAUCAAGUCUGGCAGACUGUUUGGUCACGGAUCAACAUGGACCUCGAUUUUCCAUACGAAGAAGACGACUCAUCAGCCACGUAUCUGAGACGACAUCGUCAGCAUACUCAGACAAACCGGCAGGCCCAUGACGCUUGGAGACGCCGGAUGCAGGUUGCUGAGCUUCAUGGAGCCGGAAAUCGUUUUAGGGAAACCGAGCCAGCUGUACCGAGCAGCCCUGGAGGAGAGUCAACGCCAGGAAGUCGACGACUAAGAGCAUCACCACGCGCCCCAGUCGAGAACGCUGACGAGCUUAUGGCAUGGCACGCUUUUGAACAGGCUCGAGCCUCCCCAAACGACUCCAGCUCAAGCAGAAAGAGGAAGAGGAAGUCCCGCACAGCAUCGCCGAAAGAGCCCGAAUCAGAAGCCACCCCAGUGAUCAAGAGAAGGCGACCGAGUGCCUCUACUCGAAGCGUCUCCGAGCGAGGCACUUCCAGUGCUCGCAAUGUUCGAUCGCGUCAGUCUUCGCGUCUGGCUAGUCCAACACCUAGGCGACCGCUACAACUGGAGUCUGGUGCUCCUACUUUUCUUCAGUCUUUGCUUCAAGAAGUAGAAGAGUCUGGAGCAAGCUCGCACACUGUUCAUCUCCACCGCCCCUCACCUCGUCCUGGAGCAUCGCCGCCAGCCGAACAAGCCUCACCGCGGCCUUCGUCGCCAGCUGCGUCUCCGCUACCAUCAAAUCACUCGUCACCUCGACCAAUGUCUGCAACGCCACCUCCUGCCACAUCUUUGAGACCUAGCUCACCGGCUGGAUUGACGUCCAGUAUCCAGCCUGUCUUUCCAUCCACCGAAUAUUCUCCAUUACGAACUAAUUCGCCGGAUCACAUCGCCCCUAGUACAUCUGAAACCUCUGAAACCAGGACGCUCGCACCGAAAGCCAAUUCUUCCUCUUCACCGACUCUGGCGCAGCCCAAGCCAAGGAGUCGAGCUCCACGAAUAUUAGAUCACGCAUCCGGACCCGUGCCUCAACCACGAUCAACAGAAGCAUCUCCGACCCGAACCGUCUUGUCUUUGUCUGCAAAGGAAGAUGUGCAGAAGCUUGUCGCAAGUGCGCUGAAGCCACAUUACCACGACCAGACCAUCUCAAAAGACGAGUAUACAACCAUUAAUCGUGACAUUUCUCGAAUGUUGUACGAUAAAAUUGGUGACUUCGAGGAGCUAGAUACGAACAACAAGGCCAAGUGGGAAAAAGUUGCCGGCGACGAGGUGCAGAAGGCUAUUGUUGCAAUGAAAGCUGAUGCAUGAACCGAGCCAGCAUGUUGCAAUGUUCUUGAGCGAAGCGAGUUUUGUCGCCCUUUAUGAUGAUAUAACGAUGUUACGACACGGGUUGCAUGGGCGUUUGGAAAGCCAGUAUGAUGGAUGGGAGGCCAGGGUCAGCUCGCUAGUGUGAGCAUUAUUCCCCCAAGGAUGAGCGAUGGCGAAGGAGAUUCCUGUCCUGGCAUAGCAUGGGUUCGUGUUAGCAAGUGAAGGGAUCCAGACUUGAAGCGGUGUACAACUACGCAUGUGGAGGGCAUCGGAAGGUUUCUGCGAUCACGCAGGCUUGGAUGCGAUAACCACGGAUU